AUGUGCCGCACAUCCCAAGCGCUCUAUGUCUGGUGCCAGUGCGAGGAAGCCCACGUCCUCGAAGCAUGCCACUCCGGCCGCUCCUCGUCCAACGGCAGCUGCGACUCGGUGGCCAGCGAGACAGAGACUGUAUACCUGCAAUGCUUCUGUCGCUACCACGCCACCAAUGGCUUCACCACGGCGCGCAAGGACCAGCGCCUGCAAAAGAAGGCCGACAAGAAGAAGAACAAGCGCCGUUCGAUGGAUAGUGCUGUGAGCGUGGGCACGGCUAAUAGCGCUGCUUCCUCCUCGCCUUCCACGGCUUCUUCGGCGUCAGCGUCAAGCUCGGUCUUGGACAGGACGUCUCGUCGGUUUAGGAGGAGCUGGACUCACAUUCGGAAGUUGAGCUUUGUUUGA